GUGUGACGUGCGUGCGGGAGGAUGGCAGAGCAGGAGCCGACGGCGGAGCAGCUGGCCCAGAUCGCGGCUGAAAACGAGGAGGAUGAGCACUCUGUCAACUAUAAGCCACCUGCCCAGAAGAGCAUCCAGGAGAUCCAGGAGCUGGACAAGGAUGAUGAGAGCCUGCGCAAGUACAAGGAGGCGCUGCUUGGUGCCGUCACUGUGACUGCAGAUCCCAAUGCUCCAAAUGUGGUGGUGACCAAACUGACCCUGGUCUGCGCCACUGCUCCUGGCCCUCUGGAGCUGGACCUGACAGGUGACCUGGAGAGCUACAAGAAGCAAGCGUUUGUGCUGAAGGAGGGUGUGGAAUACCGGAUAAAAAUCUCCUUUAGGGUUAACAGGGAGAUCGUGUCAGGGUUGAAGUACAUUCAGCACACGUUCCGGAAAGGCGUGAAAAUUGACAAGACCGAAUACAUGGUUGGGAGCUACGGCCCCCGAGCAGAGGAGUACGAGUUUCUGACCCCCAUGGAAGAAGCCCCUAAGGGCAUGCUGGCCCGGGGCAGCUACAACAUCAAAUCCAAGUUCACAGAUGAUGAUAAGACUGACCACCUGUCCUGGGAGUGGAACCUGACCAUCAAGAAGGAUUGGAAGGACUAGCCCUUCCCAAGGCCAAACCCCAGAGAGCGUGAAUCAGACAGUGGCUACCGUAGAAAUCCCCCCCUGUACCAAAGUGCUGACAUUGGAACCCUCUUACCUUUCGCCCCCUGUUAUAAUUUGACCAGAGAGCUCAGUUUUGUAACGUGCCCCCUCCCCAGAGAAUCACUGAGUGCAUUGACCGAACCGUGCUGUCUGCAUCUGGUCUUCAGCUGCCCAUCCCCGGGCUGUGCUGUCCCAGCGCAGAGGUGGGGGCACUUGCUCCCUCACCGGGCCCUUUGGUGCUUCUCACCUUCCUUCGUUUGGGUGGGUGCUGAAGGGGAGAGACUCCUAUGUUCUGUGUAGGAUCCUGUGCUUGGCUUUCCUGUGCACAGCUCAGGGUAGCUACUGCCUCCCAGUAGCUGAAGAACUUUGAUGCCAGGCAGCUAUUGAAUCUGUUUGUUGGCUAAAAUCGUGUCCAGCCUGCCCCUUCCACCCCAUCAGCGUCCUGGGAACGCUGGCAGCUUCAUUUGUGGAUGUUCCCUGUAACCAUGAUGCCUUAAUGUGUAACACGUAUCCUCUAGGGAGGGGGCCCUGCCCUCGUUACACUUUUUAAAUGCCACCCACCCUCCCCCUGUUCGUUGGCACGGCACUCAUCGUGGUCACGCCCCUCAUGGGUUAUUAGGAAAGAUUCACAACUUCCCGCUUUGCUGCUGGUCCGUUCUUCACCCGAGGCAGAACGUCUCCAGAGGGGAGGGUGGUGUGACAUCCUGGGCAACGCCUGGCAGCCCCUCCCGGUGUCCAGAGAGCUGCCCUGUCGGCACAGCUCCGAACUCUCUGGCGGCCUCAGCGCCUCUGAGGCAUGGAGAGGGUCGCAAAGCAGGCGGGUGCGGGAGUCACCAGUGUUGCCGUCACCUCACACUUAUUGCAGCCGAGGUUGCUGCAAAGCACUGAAAUUCCAGGACAGCACCUGCCCUCCUGGCUGUUUUGGGCUGAGGACGGACCAGUCUGUUUCUGCAGCUGCUCUCCUGAUGCGAUCAACAAAGAGCUUGCCACGGACAAGCGUUCAGAAGCGGUUAAUGCCUUAUGUAUCUGUUCUGCCUUUAAAAUCCGUGCCUGGCCUGUCAGUAUUUAUUGCCUUGACACUCGGCUCCCGCCGCAGACCCGCAGCACGCCAGCCUGCACCCGCGCUGCGCUGACACGGCGAAGGAGCCCUCUGGGGCCCAGGAACCCCCGAGGGCUGGGCAGGCACACUCCAGCUCCGCAGCCCUCUUAUUCGGAUCCUGCCACGUUGAGGUUGUAUUAGAACUGGGACCAAGUACAUGUGGCUUUCUCAUAGCUACGUCUUUGCCUCUAACUCUCCCUUGCCCUGCCCCUAGAGAGAUUUUUGUUAAUUUGAUUUGGUGCGUAUUGUCUGUAAAUCCUAGGCCCAGGUUAACAGGUUGGAAUCAUCGUCUGCUUCUCCUUUUAUGACAGUUAAAUAAAAUCUUUGAACUGAC